AUGUUCGGCGGCGGGAAACCCCCCGCGCCCGACAAGGCCGCGGCGGCCGAGUCCGUCGACGCGUCCCUGGACGACCUCUUCUCGCGCCUGCGCGACGCGACGUCGCGCGGCGCGCACAAGAAGGCGCUGCGGAUCUCGGAGUCGAUCCUGAGCCUCGCGCCGGGCGACCCCGACGCGACGCGAUGCGCGGUGGUCGCGCUGAGCGAGCUCGCGCGGCACGACGACGCGAUCCAGUGCGUGGAGGACGCGCCCGCGGACGUCCUCGGCGGGCUGACGUUCGAGUGGGCGUACUCGAUGUAUCGCGCGGGGCGCGUCGCCGACGCGCUCGACGUGCUCGACGCGACGGAGGGCGACGCCGAUCUUCUCGAGGAGGACCGCGGGUCGGCGUCGCGAUGCGCGCAGCUGCGCGCGCAGCUGCUGUAUCGCGACGGGCGAUUCGAGGAGAGCGCGAGGAUGUACGAGAAGAUGUUCGAGGAGCACCCCGCGGAGAUGGCCAAGGUCCCGAACGUCGCGGUGAACCUCGCGGCGUCGCUCGUCGCCGCCGGGCGCGCGUCCGAACUCCUCGCGACGCUGAAAAAAAUCGUCGUCUCCCCGAAGGCGUCGUUCGAGCUCGCGUUUAACGUCGCGUGCGCGUGCGUUUCAAACGGCAACCUCCGCGACGCGGACGAGUACCUCGCGCUCGCGCGCGCGCGAGGCGAGACCACGCUGGCGGACGAGGAGCUCUCGCCGCAAGAGAUCGAAGACGAGCUUCUCCCGGUGACGGUCCAACGCGCGUACGCCGCGCACCUUGGCGGCGACGUCGACGCCGCGACGGAGGGAUACCGCGCCGCGAUCGCGACGAAGAGCGCGAGCGACGCCGCGACGGUCGCGGUCGCGGUGAACAACCUGUUGACUAUCGUCGGCCCGAGAGGCGUCGGCGGCGCGGAGGCGAUCAAGAAGAUGGAGAAGCUCAGGCGCGUUCACGUUUGUCGCGCCGGUCCUCAUACGACCGCGUUCGCACGCGACGACGCGGGGACCCUGCGCGCGGACGUCGCGAGGCACGCGAACGAAGAACAACGGAGCGCGUUUCUCGCGAACCGCGCGAUCGCGCUGCUGCACUCGAACCACCUCGACCGGUGCCGCGAGUCGCUCAGCGCGCUAAAACGAGAGGAGGAGGAGGGGCGCUCCCUGCACCACGACGCCGCGCGCGUCGCGUUGAUCGACGCCGCGUUGUGCAUGCGAAACCGCCGGCCGGCAGACGCCGACGCGGCGCUCGCGCGAUUCGUCGACGGACGCGGCGCGACGGACGCGGGCGCGCGCGCGACCGCGCAGCUCGCGCGCGCGCAGAUCGCGGCGAGCGCGGGGGAGUACGCGAAGGCCAUCUCGGCGCUCGAGGGCGUCGGCGCUGCCUGCGCGACGUCGCCGGCGGUGACGGCGACGAUCGUCGCGUUGCGCGAGCUCUCCGGCGACGCGGCGGGUGCGGACGCGGCUUUGGAAGCCGCCGCGGCGACGCCGGGCGCGCCGACGACGCUGGCGCUUCGCGCGGCGGAGCGCGAGCUGGAGAGAGGUCGCGCGGCGGAGGCUGUCGCCGCGUACGAGCGCGUGCUGAGCCUCGGCGCGCGCGACAAAGGCGACAAAGGCGACGAGGACGAUCUGAAGCUCGCCGACGCGGGGCUGGUCAAGGCGCGCGCCGUCGCCGGCGACGCGGACGGCGCGGAGCGCGGCGCGAGCGAGGUGUUCGAGGCGCUGCUCGCGGCGCGGGGCGGGGAAGCCCCGGACGCGGACGCGCUGGAGGAGACGCCGCCGGACUCGGUCCUCGCGCGCGCGGCGGAGGUGGAGAGGAGGCUCGCGGCGCGGCGCGGCGGCAAACGCGGCGGCGGCGGCGGCGACGACGGCGGCGGCGGCGAGCGCGCGACGCGAUGGAAGCGACGGAAGCGGAAGAUCGUCUACCCGAAGGGGUUCGACCCCGAGAACCCCGGGCCGAUGCCGGACCCGGAGCGGUGGCUUCCGAAGCGCGAGCGGAGCGGGCACAAGGGGAAGAAGAAGAAGCAGGCGAACGUCAGAGGCGCGCAAGGCGCCGGCGCGUCCGACGCGGAGCUGAGCAAAAAAGAGUUUAGCGGCGGCUCCGGCGGUACAGCUGGCGGCGGUGGCGGGGUGAAGACGAACGCCCCGGACGCGGACGUGAUGGAUAAGCUCCUGAGCGUGGGCGUGGGGAAGAAGAAGAAGAAGGGCGGGCGGCGAUGACACGACGCCCGGGCCCGGGGAAGGAUGGGGGGAAGGGACCCCGGCGUUCGUUCGGCGGGGAUCGAUUUCGACUCUUAAUCGUAGUAUGGCUUCGCGUCGCGAUUUCAUGAUCAUCGUCAGUCGCUACGUGUC